CACAAUGGACGCUCAGUACAUUUCCUCCUUGGAGGAAACUCUCAAGCAAACGAUGGUUCCAGACUCGGCCGUCAUCAAGCAGGCUGCCACCCGUUUGACUAAAGAGUUCUACACUAGUCCUUUGGCUCUUCCAUCUCUUUUGCACAUUUUGCAAACCAGUAAUGAAGAACAAGUCCAACAAUUGGCUGCUGUUGAAGCCCGUAAAUUGAUCAUCUCCCAAUGGGAAAAGGUUGAUGGCUCGCUCAAGCCACAAAUCCGUGAUGCUAUGCUUCAAACUGCCUUCACCCAACAAUCAAAGAGAAUCAGACAUGCUGCUGCUCGUGUUGUUGCCUCUAUUGGUGAAAUUGACAUUGAUUUGGAAGACAACCAAUGGCCAGACUUGCUUCCAGUGCUUGUCAAGUCUGUCAAUGAAGCUCCAGAUCUUCAAACCAAGGAAAUGGCCGUCUACACUCUUUACACCUUGUUGGAAACUCAAAUUCCAUCUUUGGUUCCACAUGUAGCUGAUUUCUUGACUCUUUUCGCCUCUUUGUUGCAAGAUCAAUCUUCUCAAGAAAUUAGAGUGAAUGCCGUUCUUGCUAUGGAUGUUGUUUCUCAAUUCAUUGAUGAAGAUGUUGAAAUUAACACUCAAUUGGCUGGUAAGUUCCAAGCUGCUGUCCCAUCUAUGGUCAAUGUCUUGAAGGAAGUUAUCACCAAUGAUGAUUCUGAAAAGGCCAAGGAUAUCUUCAAUGUUUUCAACAACUUGAUUUUCGUUGACACCAAGCUUGUAGGUGACCACCUCAUUGCUAUGGUUCAAUUGACCACUGAAAUUGCCUUGAACUCUGAAUUGGAUGAAGAAUACCGUGUCUUUGCUUUACAAUUCCUUAUUUCCACAGUCUCCUUGCGUAAGUCCAAGAUCUUGGCUGCUAAGGCUGGUCCAUCCCUUGCUCAAGCUGCUGUUCGCAUUGCCCUGGAAGAAAUUGAUGUCGAUGAAGAAUUGAACACUGAAGAUGAUGAAAAUGAAAACGAAGAAAACUCUCCAGUUACUUUAGGUUUAAGACUUAUUGCUAUGUUGUCUGCUGAAUUACCACCAUCCCAAGUUAUUCUCCCAGUCUUGGAAAACGCACAAGCCAUGUUGGGCUCCAACAAUAUGUUUGAACGUAGAGCUGCCUUGUUAGCCAUUGGUGUUGGUUCUACCGGUGCCCCAGACUUCUUUGCCACUCAAGUCAACAAGAUCGUUCCAUUGCUUGAACGUGGUUUACAAGACCCAGAAAUCGUUGUCAGAGUUGCUGCUUUAAGAUGUCUUGCUCAACUUACCACCGAAUUGCAAGAUAACAUUGCCAAGUUCCAUCAAGAACUUUUGCCACAUGUUAUGGCUAUCAUUGACAACGCCUCUUCUAUUAAGGCUUACAAGUACGGUUGUGUUGCCUUGGAUGGUCUUAUUGAAUACAUGAGUCAUGACGCCAUUGGCCAAUACUUGGAAGGUUUGAUGCACAAGUUGUUACAAAUGUUACAUUCCGCUGAAUCCUCCACUUUGAAGUCUGCCGUUGUCUCUGCUAUCGGUUCCGCUGCCUAUGCUGCUGGUAAGGGUUUCACUCCAUACUUCACUGGUUCCGUUCAAAUUUUGGAACCAUUCAUCACCAAUGCUUCUCAAGUUGAAGGUAUGACUGAAGAUGAUAUUGAAUUGAGAGCUAUGACUUUCGAAAACAUUUCUACCAUGGCUAGAGCCGUUGGUUCUGAAACUUUCUCUCAAUACGCUACUCCAUUGGUUGAAGCUGCCUACACAUCUCUUUCCUCAGAACACUCUCGUAUCAGAGAAUCUGGUUUUGCUUUCAUUACCAACAUGGCCAAGGUCUACGGUGCUGAAUUCGCUGGCUUCCUUGAACGUAUUGUUCCAGAAAUCCUCAAAUGUUUGGAACAAGAAGAAUUCACCUUCAACGAUGUUGGUGACUUUGAAGCUGAAGAUGAUGAUGAAGAUGAUGAUGACAACAAGUUUAACGUCCACACUGGUAUUACCAUCGAAAAGGAAAUUGCAUCCGUUGCCCUUGCUGAAUUGGCCUCAGGUACCGGUAAACAAUUCGCUCCAUACGUUGAACAAUCCCUCAAGGUUUUAGGUCAACAAAUCGAAGAAUCUUACGGUAUGAGAGAAGCUUGUAUGAACGCUAUGUGGAAGAUCCUGAUCUCUAUGUUCAAGGCCCAAUACGGUGAAGAAUUCAAGGCUCCUAAGGGUGUUCCAGCUCAACCAUACGUUGAUAGCUCCAUCUUACAAAUUAUUCAACAAGUUAGAGAAGUUUCUGUCUCCUCUUUGGAAGAAGAAUUUGACUUGACCAUGGUUGCCUGUAUUUUGGACAACAUGGCUGAAGCCAUCCACCAAGUUGGUUCUGUUGCUGUCAUUAACGAUGCUAACGAUACCGCUGUUUUGGAAAAACUUUGUGUCCAAUUAAUGCUUACUUUGAAGAACGAACACCCAUGUCAAGUUGAUGAUGAAGAAGCUCCAGCUGAUGAAGAAGAAGACACUUCUGAAUCUGACGCUUUGCUUUUCGAAACCACCUUGGAAGUCCUUGUUGCCUUGGCCUUGGCCUUGGAAGGUGACUUUGCCAAGAUCUUCACUAGUUUCAAGGACUCUAUUGUUGGUUCUACUUCUACUAAGUCUAAGACCAAGAGAGUCUCUGCUACUGGUGCUUUAGCUGAAAUCGCUUCUGGUUUGAAGGGUGCUAACCCAUACUCCCAAGAAUUAUUGCAAGUUUUCACUGAAAAGUUGGCUAACGAUAAGUCCUUGGAAGUUAGAGGUAAUGCUGCCUACGGUGUUGGUAUUAUUAUCGAACACAGCACUACUGAUUUGUCUGGUGUUUACGGUACUGUUUUACAAUUACUUUUCCAAUUGUUGAACAAGACUGAACGUAGAGAAGACCGUGCCGAUGACGAAGAAUCUAUGGAUGUCGUUAACCGUUCUUACGCUAACGCUUCUGGAUGUGUUGCUCGUAUGGCUUUGAAGAACCAACAAGCUGUUCCAUUGGAACACGUUGUUGGACCUCUCUUGUCCCACUUGCCACUUGAAACUGGUUUGGAAGAAAACGUUCCAAUCUUCUCCCUCAUUGUUAAGCUCUACGAAACCGAAAACGCCGUCAUUACUAGCCAAACUGAAAAGGUUGUUGAAAUCUUUGCUGGUGUCUUUACCAAGGAAUUCGAAAGAGUCAAGUUGGUUAGCGAAGCCACUUUGGGUAGAGAAGAAAACCUUGACAGAUUGAAGCAAUUCCCUAACGAUGAAAUUAGAGAAAAGGUUGUUGGUUUGUUGAGAUUCUUGGACACCAAGUACGCUGGUGUCGUUUCUUCUAACGAAGUGUUGAAGACUGUCAUUUAAGUUUAUUUUUCAGGUUAGAUUUAAAACUCUAAAAAAUUAAUUUCUUGGCUCUAUACAUAUACCCGUUUAUCUUCUGCAUUAUUUCCACAUCUGCAAUUACUCCUUACUUGCAUUGACACUUUUAUAUUAAUUUAAUUUAUAUUUGUUACAUUA